AUGGAUUAUUACAAAGCAAUGAUAAGAGCUUUGCUGCUCUUCCUCUUGUACGCUUAUGCAAUGGCAUUCAAAUCUUCUAAUAUGAGUUGCCCAGAUGCCGAGAGAGAAGCACUUCUGAGAUUUGCCGGAGGUUUCAACCGAACUGCAGAAGCCGAGAGAGAAGCACUUCUGUGGUUUGCCGGAGAUUUCAACCGAACUGUUGCAGCUGGCUUCUCCUCUUGGGAGGGAAAAAAUUGCUGCAAAUGGGAAGGCGUGGAGUGCAACGACCGAACCGGACACGUCGUGCAUUUAGAUCUUCAAUGGAGGGGAAUCGUCAGCAACAGAAUCGAUCCUUCUUUGCUCCGUCUUAAGCAGCUGAGCUAUUUAGACCUCAGCAACAAUUACUUUGGGUCCAUCUCGAUUCCGCCGUGGAUCGGUUCUUUCAAAAAUUUAAACUAUCUUAACCUAUCUCACUCGAAUUUUUACGGGAUGGUACCCGAUCAGCUCGGAAAUCUCUCAAGGCUUCAAAUCCUCGAUCUUUCCGAUAAUCUGCUUACAUUGAGCAACGCGAAUUGGCUUUCUCGACUCACCUCUCUACUUCAUAUUGAUAUGAGCUCUUUUAUGAUUGACGAUGCAUCUAAUUGGCUGCAAGCAUUGAACAUGCUUCCUUUAGUACAAGAUAUUCGUUUGCAGUUCUGCUCCUUCGGUAACUUUCCACAAUCUCUCCCGCAUGUAAAUUUUACGUCUCUUUCCCUUUUGGAUCUUUCUUAUGCAUCAUUCUAUGAUUAUUCUAAUAACAGCGAAGUAAAUCCUAGCUUACCCGACUGGUUGUUUAGAAUUACUUCCCUUCAAUAUCUUUAUCUCACUUUUAGUGGAUUUACAGAGCUCAUUCCAUCUGCAAUUGGAAGCUUGGCUUCUCUGAAGGUUCUCCAACUAGAAUAUGUUAUCCUUGAUGCCGGGAUACCGUCUAGUUUGAGCAAUCUCUUUUGCAAGAGUUGUACUUAA